AUGCCCUCCCAGCAUACCCGGGACCGUGGAGCAAGGGACACACUCUUUAUUGCUGCGUUAACAGCAUCCACGUUCAUUAUCUCCCACUCCCUCUUAGUCUGCCUGUCGACGCUUGUCCCCCCUUUUGACGUGUCACAUACAAUCAACACUUCCACCUCGCUGCCGGGACUACGAUGGGACGCAAUCCACUUUCUCUCCAUUGCCAAGGAUGGCUACGAGUUUGAGCAACAGCUAGCCUUUCAGCCAGGAUGGCAGGUGAUACUCGCAGCGGCAGGCAGGGCCGUUGCCCGGGUUGGACGAGGCGGGGACACUGUCAACGACGCAGAUCUCGUUCAAAGCGCCCUUGUCAUCAACCUGAUUGCAAGGGUGGUAGCAAAUGUCUAUCUUUACAAGUUGACACGAGUCUUGUUCUCCCCGGCGUUUGGCGGUCGCGACGUCGUUGCUAGCCACUGGCGUUCUGUCAUGCGUGAUCCUGGCCUCGCAUGUCCUCUUCGCCAAGUGUGCCUCACCGAAGUCAUUGGGCAUGGGUUUGCUCUCUUUACUCGUCUGCGCUCCCUUUCUGGCUUUUCAAGCUUACAACUAUUACGUGAUGUGCGAGCCGGUCGCCGCGCGCCCAUGGUGCAACCUCCGGCUGCCCCUGUCUUACAGCUGGGUUCAGCGCGAGUAUUGUUGCCCAACUUGUUGCUGGCUACCCCCGUAAUCUUCCCGACCAUUGCUGGCAUCUGGCAAUAUCUACGGCGACAACCUGUUUCUCUGGAAGCACUCUCUGACCCCCGGCUCCCAAUAUACGUGCACCAACUCGUCAUGGUGGCCAUUCUGUUAUUAGCAUCGCAUACCCAGAUUGCUCUCCGCCUUGCGUCCACCGAUCCCACUGUCUGGUGGACCGUAGCAGCCUCGGCCCUUCGUCCUGGCGGAUCCGGGCAGUUCUUCCCUUCCAUGGGCAAGUUUUGGAUCUGGUGGACAUGUUACUGGGGUAUCGUGUCACUCGUGUUGUGGGCUGGCCACUAUCCGCCUGCAUAA